CAGGCGGACCGACGCACUAGAAGCCAGAGGACGGAAGAGACUCAAGACCGCCGACGUCUCGACUUAUUUGACUUGUUGUCCCGCCCGCUGUCGCAUCCGGCCGCGCACCGAGCCGAGUAGACCAGUAGACCAGUAGACCAUGUCCCUGACGGUGAAAGCUUACCUGCUCGGGAAGGACGAGGUCCCGAAGGAGAUCCGCCGCUUCGUCCUCGACGUGGACGUGUCGUCCAGCUUCGAGUUCCUGAGGGUGAAGGUUGUCGACGUGUUCUCCAACCUCCAGAACGCCACCUUCCAGAUGUUCUACAAAGAUGAAGAUCAGGACAUGAUUGCCUUCUCCUCAGACGACGAGCUGAUGAUGGGCCUGACUUGCCAGAAAGACAACACCUUCCGUGUGUUCAUCAAAGAGAAGAGGGAGCACAAGCGGGAGCUCCCCCACCAUGGCCUCCCCAACUUCGCCUUCCCCCCUCCCCCUCCUGCUCCCGGGGGCCCCCAUGGCCCUAUGGUACACCCCAAUGUGACCUGUGACGGCUGUGGUGUGAACCCUCUGGCCGGGACCCGCUUCAAGUGCACCGUGUGUCCAGACUACGACCUGUGCUCGCCCUGCCAGGCCAUGGGCCUUCAUAAGGACCAUGCCCUGAUGCCCAUGUGGGCCCCACUCAGCAACAUGUUUGAGUGGUUUCCUCGAGGGAAGUGGAUGAGGAAGAUGAGGCACUGCAUGUGGAAUAACCCCCAGACCCAGGGUGGUGCCUGUGGAGACCAGUCCCAGAGGCAACCUGGUGGCACUGGGGCCCAGUCCUCUUCAUCUGGCCCCAAGACUGAACAGGCUGCAACUGAGAACAGCACCCCACCUGGAGCCUCCCAGGCCAACGUUGACUUCCUGAAAAACAUCGGCGAGGGUGUAGCGGCCAUGUUGAGUCCUCUAGGCAUUGACGUGGACAUCGACGUUGAACAUGAGGGCCAGCGGACCAAGGUGACCCCCUCCAACUCUAGCGGUGCCCCUAGUAUGAAGAGUGAUGGAGGAAGAGGAGAGUCGGAGUCAGCAGUGGCUGCAGAAGGAGAAGUGGAGGGAGACGGACUGAACAGUGUGAGGAGCGCUAAAGGAGGUGCUAAGGCCGACAAGGAUCCAGGGGGCGAUGAGGAGUGGACCCACCUGAGUUCUAAGGAGGUGGACCCCUCCACGGGGGAGCUCCAGUCCCUCAGGGUGGAGGAGGAUGGGAUCCAGUCAGCACCUCCCUCCGUGGGCCCGCAGGGGGCCACAGGUCUGCGUGAGGCCGCCCUGUAUCCCCAUCUCCCCCAAGAGGCUGACCCACAGCUGGUGGAGUCCCUCUCUCAGAUGUUGUCUAUGGGCUUCACUGACGAGGGCGGCUGGCUGACGCGCCUCCUCCAAACAAAGGGUUUUGACAUUGGAGCGGCUCUGGACACCAUCCAUUACUCCAAACCCUCCGGGCCAAAGUGAUCGAGACGGGCUGCUGCAACCCAGCGAGAGAUGGGCUCCGUGUUGUCUUGUCAUGUUUCUUCUAAUUCAUUCCUUUGUCUGUUAGUCAAUACUACUAACUUUUCACUGUCUGGUUGUCAAAUUACUACAACCGCUUUGUGGCUUAUAUCAUAAUAAUGGAGUAGUGAUUCAUUGUGUCGUAGUUACAGUGAGACCACUGCAUUGAGUCAUAGUCAAAAUGACUCGAGAUGUGAAACUGAUAUGGAAAAUGCAGUUUAAACCUGUUAAAUAUCUGACCGUUAACCUCGAUGAUAGCUGACAUUCAAAUUCAACACCCUUCAAGUUCAGCUCAUUAAAACAAGUCAUUUAUUUGUCAAAAUGAAAUAAUGGGAGUCUCCAUGUAUCAACAAUAAACUGUAAGCGAUGAAGAA